CAUGUGUGAUUAGUAGUAAUAGAAAUAUGGAUAGGCUAAAUAAAUAAAAGGUGUGAUGCUAAGUGAAAAUGUGAAUUAUAGGCUUAAGGAGCUAAACAUUAUUAAUAACAGUAUUAACAAUACCAGUUAUCUCAGCUGAAGUUUGUCUAGUCUCUGUUUUAAGCCCUGUGAUUUGGAAAGUGGAAUUUAAUUUUUGCAUGUUUCAAGACCAGAAGAUGAGAAGUUGCAGUGAAAAGGAACGAGCUUUCUCAGAAAGUGACACAUCUGAAUUUGUUCGUAAGCAGCCACUGAGAAGAUUAGAAAUUGCUCUUAAAAGAAUUACCAAAAUUGCCAUACCUCUUCAUUUAGACUUACUUUUGAAACAUAAAAUAAAUAUUGAACAGUUUCAAGAUCUUGGAUUAUGGCAGCAAGUCCAUAUAGAACAAGUAAAUGCAUCACGAACUGUGCAACAACUAAAAUCUGACAUUAAUGAAUUAGAAACUCUGGGACAGCAGGUAUGCAUCGAAGAUUAUGCCGAGUUUGAGAAAAGAGUGAGAGACGUGAGAGAAGAAGCUUUUACUGCUGUUACUUCAUUUAUAGAAAUUCAUUCAGAGGUUACACAGCCUUGCACACAAUUUUCUCUUGAUGUUGACCCCUCUGCUGCAGAAGAGAGCAUUUCAAAGAGAAGUCCUACUCCACCUGUUGUUCCUUUCUUUGCAAAUAGUUUAUCCACUAAUGAAACAGACAAAGUAUCUAAUCAAUCCCAUGAUGCUUGUGUAGCAUCAGUAGAUGAGAGCCCAGAAGUAGUUAAAACCCAGCUACAACGAAAGAAUGAACAACCUGUCAAUUCUAUUGCCAUCAGAUCAUGGGACAUUUUAAAAAAAGAACUUCUGGAAUUAAAUUCAUUGAUUCAUCACUUUGCAGCACUAGUUACGAUUCAGCAAAAGCCCAUAGAUAAUAUAGAGAAUAACUUAUACAAAGCUGAUGAAAAUGUGUGUGAAGGCACUAAACAUCUAGGGAUGGCAGCUGCAUUACGAGCCAGUAUGUUUCCUGUAACAGGUGCUUUGGUUGGUGGAAUUGUGGGAGGACCUCUAGGUUUAAUGGCAGGAUUUAAAUUAGCUGGUGUUGCAGCUGCCGUAGGUGGAGGUGUCUUAGGAUUCACAAGUGGAAAAUUCAUUCAACGUCGUUCAGAAAAAACAAGAGACCUAGAAUUAAAAGAGCUCUCCCAACGAGGUGUGAAAGGUUCCGUGUCUCUACCGGACUUAAAUUCAGCAAUUGAAAGUGAGACAGCGAGCAAUACUGAAAAAUGAGUAAAAGAAGAAACAAACAAACCUUGCUUAUUUUUAUUUAUUUGAUGUACACUUGUAAAUACUGUAUUUUUGAUUUAGUUUCUUUUACUAUUUGUUGCAGAAUGCAUAUAAUGAACUGAAAUUACUGUCACUAGUUCUUGUAUAAAGAUGUUGUACGACUACAGCUGUAUAGUUUGAAAAUGUUUAUUUUCUAUUGACUUGAGCAACUAUUCUUAAAAAUUUCUAUGUGGUGUUUUACGCAGGAGCAUUUAUGAGACUUAAAAAGUUACCCAGGUCUCUCAUUUUAUUUUCAACUGUAUUUGUAGUCAUUCUGUUAUCGUACUGCUGUUUAAAAGCCAGAAACCUUUUCUUAUCUUUAUUCUGCUUAUUUUUGUAUAUAGCAGUUAUGUAAUGGUUUUGGUUUCAGUUUCAUCUUGUAUUAUUUCAAUGACUAAAACAUUUUUGUGCUUAAUUGUUGCCUUACCAUUAGAACGUAAUUUUUGAUCAGUAAACAUAAAUUUGUCGUCUU